AUAAAAGAUUUAUGAAAUAGGUUUGUUGUUUGUGUUUAUACCCUCACUUCACCCUAAACUCCAAAACCACUUCCACCUUCCGGCAGCGUUUUCCGGCAACGCGGCACCGUUCUUCCUUCUUUCUCACUCGUUUACUUCUGGGAUUCAUGUUAUGGCUUGCAAUGGCAUGUUUAGAUAGUAUGUGUGGUCGUUCUGCAGGUAGGUGAUGUUCAAGUGCUAAGAUGGAACAAGAAGCAGAACAACUUGUUCCAGUUCAACAAGGGAGUUCGGACUGUUCUGAAUCAGAUAGAGUCAGUAGGGUAAGGAAGCUGCUGUUUCGCCGAAUGUUGGUUGGGAUCAAAGAUGGAAGAUUCUUCUUGGGUAGCUUCUAUUGCAUUGAUAAGCAAGGGAACAUUAUUCUUCAGGAUACCGUGGAGUAUCGUAGCACCCGACGGUCGUCGCCUUCUCCAAUGGAACAGAGGUGCAUUGGUCUUAUUCUUAUUCCUUCUCCUUGCCGCACCUCAUGUCAUGUGGAUUGCUCCAUAGAUGAGCAAUUGUCACUUUUAGGACUGAAAUGAAACAUGAGUGCUUUGGGGCUUUCAUUUGUUCUGGAUGGUUUGUCCGUGAAUGAAUUCAAGAUUUUAAUGUGUUGGUUUAAGAUAUAGCAUUGUGGCACUUGUUUUUAAUCAUCGAGGAAAGAACAUGGUUGAUUUACCAUGAGUGUUAAAUGUUUUCGGCUGUAUAUGAGUGGAGAUAAAAAUAAAAGUAUGUUGAUGACAUUACACAGCUUCUCUAUAUUUUUGUUGCUUUAUUCAUGCCAAUGCCUUCUUUUCCCUUAAAAAUUUCGUGUUGUAAGCAUCCUAAACUUUAUAUUACAUUUAUUUGGAUUUGAUUGUGGUGAAAACUUGUA